AUGGAUUUUUAUAAUAACAGUUUAUACAACUCUCUAUCUCCACUAAGGCAUCCACCAUUCACACCACCGGAGACCAUCGGAAUUGGUCUUCUAGCAUCUCUUUCUUUCUCUCUUUGUGCUAAAGCAUCAUCUGCUCACCAUCAGUGUCCACCUCUUUCACUGGUUAUAAUAGAUGAUCUCUUCAUACUUCUCUCUUCUCCACCGACCCCUUCCCUCCUUCUCGAUGUGGAUAGGUGGCUGGGUGGUUCUCGACUUGGGGAAGAUGAUGAAACUGCAGGUGUUGUUGGGAAACGGAAUUCAGGUGUGAUAGAUUUUUUUGGUGGAGUAGUGUUGCGGGAGAGGCAAUAUCAUGCUUACUUCAUGUAUGAAGUUGACUCUUGGACCAUCAUUGCUGCAGAUUGGGCAGCUAUUUUGACGUGUUUAAUGACCAUAAAGGGCUUAUUGCAUGAAUCAAAACAUCACAGGAGGUGGCUAUGGUCUUCAUGCUGCAUUGGCAUGGUAGUGCCAGUGUUUUGGUUGCAUCAUAUGCUCAGGUUGGCAAAGUUCAGAUGGGAUGUUGUAUGGCUACCAUUAGGUCCCAUUAGUGUCGCUGGAGUGUGCAUUUACGUAGAGUAUUUACUGAAUGUGUCAUCUGAAGAAGAGAAACUUAGAGGAUAUAUGUAUGCAUAUAAAGCCAGGUAAGAGUGCAGAGGAUGUAUGUAUGGGCCCUUAAAGCCAGUUUAGAGCUUUCCCUAAUCGAAUUUAAUACUCGUCUAGUUCCAUUAUAUGAUAGCCCCCCUUACUAAGUUUCUUGGUGUACGAUGGGAAAGAGCUGAAACUAGUGGCCAGAGCUCUUCUCCUUUUCCACUCUCCUUUUACCCCCACAAGGGGCUUAUAUAUGUUCAUUUGAUAUAUUUCACCGUAAAUCUUUGUUCCUGGCACUCAGAAAAAUAGUC